AUGGCUUGUGAACUCUGCCAGAAGCCUGCCCUGCUGCUGUGCACUGGCUGCCGCUGCGCGUACUACUGCUGUGAUGACCACCAGAAGACGGCCUGGGCAUCGGUGCACUCCAAGGUGUGUCGACUGGUGGGGGCGCUGGGCAGCGCGCGCGCCUUCUGCACCCUGGAGGAGCGCCGGCAGCGCGACGAGACAGUCCGGCAGCAGAAGCUGCGGAUCAUGCAGACGUCGAUCAUGUGCGGCACGCGCCACAUCUUCAGCGACCGACCCGGCCUCGCCAUGCCCGCGGCGAAACAGGCGCUCACCAUGGCGGCCGAGGUGUUCGGCGCGUCCAGUGUGGAGUUGAUCCGGCCGUUCCUGAUGCUGGCGUCGGCCUGCGUCCUGCUGGGCGAGCUCAACAGCGCCGAAGGCUAUCUGUCCCAGGGGGAGUGGACUCUGAUCUACGCCAAGAGCGAAGAUCACGCCCUCCGGGCCUGGCUGUUCCGUGGAUGGGGCCAGCUGUUGGCCGCCAGGCGGGAAUGGGUGCAGGCGAAGUGGUGCUGCGCCGAGGACGUCCACCACUGCGCCGAGGCGUUUGGGCCGCAGGACGUGCGGUGCACUCUGGGCUACUUCCGCCUGGCGGAAUCUUUGCUACAGAUGGAGAAGUUUGACAUCGUCUCCUCGCUUUUUCGCCAGAUUGUGACCAUCUGGCAGCAGUACUUCUACGGCGAAGUGGAGGAGGGAGAGGUGCCCCACCGGCUGUCGGACCCGGAGGUCAUCGAGGCCCUGCACGUGCUGACCUUGAUACGAAAGUCCUUCACCUCCACGGGGGAUGACGCCGCAGCCGGCUCGUCGCUGGCCGCACUGCCGCCCGGCAUGGCACAUGGCUCGGUCGUGAAGGUGUGA